GGUUUGAUCAAACAGAACACUUAGAGCAUUUGCAAUUAUAUAUAGGGAAGAGAUUAUCAGAAGAUUGCUCCGUGAGUUUCCGCAUGAGAUUUCAGAUUUAUGUUUGCAAACUGUGUAUUUUCGAAGAUGUGGGCAGUCGCUAAAGUUAACACCACAAUGCUUUUUAAGUCAACAAAUUACCAAAGUUUAAGGAUAGCACUGGUUGUAAUUUUCGUCUUAUCAAGCGUGUUUCAAACGGAACAAGCCAUUGUCAAACGCGAGAGUGGUUCUGCACCAGUAUGUCACACAGAAGGCUGCGGGAAAGUGGCCGAGCGAGUACAGUCGUCUUUAAACAUCGAUGCGGACCCGUGUGAAGAUUUCUAUGAGUACGCCUGUGGGGGAUGGAUGACUAAUAACCCCAUCCCAGAGACAUGGUCCUACAUCGACAACUGGGCAAAGCUUAGGGGGGAAGUCUCUGAGCAGAUCGAAGAGCUCAUUGGACAGCCCAUUGUGCCUGAGGAUGUAGAGGCUGUCAAGAAGCUGAAAACGUUUUAUAGUUCCUGUAUGAAUGAAGCUCUCCAAAACCUCCGAGGCAAGGAACCCAUGGAGGACUUGUUUCAAAAGAUUGGACGAUGGCCGCUUCUCGAAGAGGACUGGAACGACGACGACUUUGAUCUGAUCGACCUGCUUCUCAAGAUACGCCAUUAUGACCGGAAGUACCUUUUAGCCGUUGAAGUUGGGGCAGACUUAAAAGACCCAUCGUCUAGAAUCAUUGCGAUUGAUCAACCUACUUUAGGAAUGGGUAGGAAUAAGUUUUUGGGCUCACACUCAGUUACGGCUAUUCCGGCCUUCAAGAAGUAUGCGCAUGAUGUGGCCAAGGCGUUAGAGGCACAAAAAGAAGAAACCCUGAACAACGAUAUCGAUGAGUUGGCCUCCUUUGCUCAAGAGGUUGCCUCGCUGACGGCUCCCCAGUCACAGAGACGGUAUAUCCAUCAGGUGUACAACAAGAUGACCAUCGGAGAACUUUACACCAACGUUAGCGACAAGUUUGACUGGCUUCGCUACAUACGGGGCGUGGUGAGUACUCCGGAAGUCGGCAUAGAGGUGGACGAAAGCGAACCUGUCAUGGUUCUAGCUACAGACUACUUGACGAAAGUAAUGGACCUUAUAGAAGUAACCCCAAAAAGAAUCCUAGCCAACUAUGUCAUGUGGAUUCUUGUGAAAUCUUCAGCAACGAAACUCAGCUACGACUUCAGGCUUUUGUCAUUAGAAUACUCCAAGGCGUUAAGCGGGAUCUCGGUGCUCUCGCCUCGCAGUGACAAGUGUAUGUCCAUGAUCAAACAUAUGGGAGACAUCGUCGGUAGACUAUUUGUUAACACAUACUUCGAUGAGACUUCAAAGAAGAUCACUAAAGAUAUGACCAGUAAUUUGAGGAACGCAUUUAAAAACAUGCUCGUUGAUAUUGACUGGAUGGACGAAGAGACUCGUACAGCCGCCAGGGAAAAGGCGGACGCCAUGGAUCUGAACAUAGGCUAUUCGGAUGACCUCCUGGAUGAUAAUAAGCUGAAUGCAGAGUUUGCCGAACUACAAUAUGACCCCUCAAAGUUCUUCGAGAACACUUUUGCAGGAGACGUAUAUGUUUCCACCAAAUAUCUCCGGCUUCUCCGCACCCCUGUGGACAAAGAAGUGUGGACGACUGAGGCAACGACAGUGAAUUCUUACUAUAACUCACUGAAGAACCAAAUAACUUUCCCGGCUGGUAUUUUACAACCUCCAUUCUUCAGCAAAGAAUACCCUAAGUCUUUGAACUUUGGGGGUAUAGGCAUGUUGAUAGGACAUGAGAUCACACACGGCUUUGAUGACAAAGGGAGACAGUUUGACAAAGAUGGCAACUAUGUGCAAUGGUGGAGUGAUGACGCUGUUGUAAAUUUCCAAAACCGCAGCGCUUGUAUCAUUGAUCAGUAUGGACAAUACUUCGUGCCGGAAGCAAACAUGACGUUAGACGGUUUCAAGACCCAUGGUGAAAACAUCGCUGAUAACGGGGGAAUACGACAAGCAUACAAGGCCUACCAUGAUUGGCUGAAUGAAGGUCUCGAAGAUGAUCCCGUCCUGCCCAAUCUAGAGUUUAACAGAGAACAACUCUUCUUCGUCGGUUUUGCACAGAUCAUGUGCCAGAACCUUAGUCCAACAGCUGCCGUGAACCGAGUUCUCAAAAGUUAUCACAGCCCUGGUCGAUUUCGGGUCAUGGGUGCAUUGCGUAACUUCGAGGCUUUCUCCACAGCCUUCAACUGUGCCGAGUCGUCGUACAUGAAUGCUCAGCACACGUGUCGGCUAUGGUAAUGAGACGCCAGAUAGCCAACAGGACGGGUCCAAUCGUCACAACUUAAUCUCCGGAUGUCGGUUUACAGCCCAGUACCUUAAUACCAGGGCGUAAUCAACUGCCUAUGUAAUACGAGAAUAAAACCUCGACAUGUUAACAGCUAAAUCAGGUCAGGAUUUUUUAAAAAGAAAACACAAAAACGGUAAGGGAGACUGGCCGCAAAAUUAAUGCAAGGCGAAAUGACGUUUUAGAGCGAGAUUUGUACGUUAUCAGAUAGCCCUGUGCUCAUGUGUCAGUCCUAUGAGUUGGAAAAGUUCACGUUAAGAAGUUGAAUGUCGCUAAUGACAUGGACUGUUC